CAUCGGUGAGUGGGCUGCAGGUCCAACGCGCUCUCCGUCAUCCGGCUGGCUGAGAAGCACCGGAGGCGACUGGCGGACUGACUGCGGAAAGAUGCGUCGAUGCGCCCCGCAGAGCCGCGGCGGAUGAGGCGCUGCGCAGCGGCCGCAGCAGCCGGAGGAUCGGGUCCUUGGUGUGUGGUUACCCCGCUCUCUGACGAAUCGGACCGGACCGGACGCUGAUUUUACUAAUUCUGUGGCGUAAGUGGCGCAGGCCGACUGGAAAUGAUGCGAUCCCAGUUCAGGAUGUUCCACCAGCUUCCUCUGUAAACAAUGAAGAUGUGGAAGGACCUUGAAUAAAUGAUAAUGAACUAAAAUCCCGAACAUCUGAUCAGCCUCGUUGCUUUCACUGCCCGAUCGGCCCUGAGAGACACGAGUCCAGCUGACAGAGAGGUCAGCAGACAGCGUCACGGCGCAUCGGCGUGGAAGAAAACAAAAUCCUCAUUACCUCCGCUCUCAUCAGCGGAGACAGCGGGUCACGUAACCUGCUUGUUCCUCUGCUUUUACUCAGAGACUGGAGCUUUUCCACCAUCAGAGGGAACUGCUAAGAUCCAAGAUUAAAAAGAUCAGCACAUUGUUUUGGUUUUAUCGUUGUCUGAGUUUCCAAAAGGGACAUUUCGUUACGCAGAGUGCUUUGUCUGAAUUAUUGGGGCUGCCGUGCUUUGAAUUGAGAUUAGAUUACUGAGUCUGGCAGCGUUUCUUCUCACAAAUGAGAACUCAGCUCAACCUGAAAAUCACUGCACUGAGUCAAACAAGCCAAAUUAAUUGAAAAACUUGUUCCCCUCCUCGCCUGUGGGGGCGCUGCACCAGGAACGACUGAAAGAAACGACACAAAAACCUCUGAAGAGGAGCAUCCUUCACAAAGCGUAAACAAAAACGGAGACGUUUCAUAUUUUAGCAUUUGUAGGAUUUCUCUUUUGUCUUUAGGAAACUGCCACAACCCUAAAGACAACACUAUUUUACCUGCUAGCGCUAAACUCUUGUUUGUUUUUGUUGAAACAAACGAGAGUACCCAUAAUGCCCUGCACUGUUUUCCACUUCCUGCUUUUGGAGCGGCCUUCUGUCCGCUUGGCGUUCAUAUAUGCAUUCAAACACGUCCAACCAAACCGAGGAGAUUUUUAGGUUCGCAUCAGACAACCGAACCGAACUUACUAAGCAAAAGAACUGAUUAAAACGAACUAAACAGGCUGGUGUGGAGAAACAACCAUAAAACUUAAAUGAGGCCGACAACAGGCACCAUGCUUCAGCAGAACAACAACAACAACUACCCCUGCCUGGGCAUGUCGGACUGCCCCCGGGAGAUGCUCCAGAGGUGCUCCAGAACGUCGCUGCCCUUCCCCAGCCGAGUCGAGCUGGGCCUGGGAGACCUGCCGCUGAUCCGCGGCCUCCGAGCCUGGGCGCUGUGCUCCAGGAACCGCCGCAAAGCCGGCGGUCUGCUCGGUGGAGGUAAACCCCCGACUGCCCCGCCGCUGGGCGGUAAAGGGACGUCGACGUCCUGCCCGAGGCCUGCCGACGUGUACCUGAGCGGAUAUGGUCUGCCGCUGGGCGUCGACGCCCGGCAGGCCGGGAUCGGCGCGUUGGUAACAGUCGCCACGUUGAAGACGUCAGAAGGUGGCGGGAAGACGCAAACGCAAUGCCUUUUCCUCCGGACGGAGAAGGGGAGCUGUUUAUACUCAACCGCCAAGCCCAGUUCUGGUUCGACUUCUAGCACGGUCGGAGAGUGGUUGAGAGGAAAGCGAGAAGGAUUAGGAGGAGGAGGAAAUGCGGAGCCGCCGCCGACAGAGGCCGCGGCGAACCGGGUCAGGGUGCGGUCCGGCCGGAGGUGGAGGAAGUCCGGCAUCGGCCGGGAAAGGAGCUGCAAAACGGCUGAAGGAAAGCAGUCGGAGCGAUUCGAUGUUCCACCCGAAAGUAGCACUCGAAAAAACAGCCGGGAUGAUCGAGAGGGAGCCGAAAGUCUGACAAGAAGAACGGCGACUGAGCUGGACCUGGACGGGAAGGAAGCAGACUCCAAAAACGACUCGGCUGUUGAUGGAGAGACAGGAUCCGAAAGACGUCAGGAGAGGCAAAAUUUCCCCAUUCCUGACUGUAAAUCUAAACAAAACGAAACAGAACCACAGGAAGAAAUGGAGUUGAAUUCUGUGGAGUCCUCCAAUCCUGUUGGGGGCGCUGGACAAUACGCAGAAGAAGAAAUACAGUUAAAUGGUGUGGAGUCCUCCAAUCCUGUUGGGGGCGCUGGACAAUACGCAGAAGAAGAAAUACAGUUAAAUGGUGUGGAGUCCUCCAAUCCUGUUGGGGGCGCUGGACAAUACGCAGAAGAGAUACAGUGGACUUCUGUCAAAUCCUCCAUUUCUGUAAGGGUCGCUGAACAAAACCCAGAAGAAGAAACGAAGCAGAAAGAACAGUUGAAUUCUGUAGAGUCCUCCAAUCCAGUAGGGGGUGCUGAUCAGGACGUAAUCCAGGUUUAUUCAAACCAAAACCAACGUAAAGUUGAACAUGAAGAGGAAACAAAUAUUGGCAGCGAUGAGGAAACCAGAGAACCUCAUAUUUUCCAUAAACGUGAGGAAAACAACAAUUUUCAGGAGGAGGAAGAGGUUUUCUGUUCGCCUGUCAGACAGGAAAAUCUCUCAAUUUCUGAGAAAUCAGAGAAACGAAAGGAUGAGUGCACCUGCAGGAAGCUGGAGGAUGAAGAAGAAAACAUAUCAACCUUGGUUUUUAAUGCCUCCUCUAAUCCUGCCCCUUCUCUGGCUUCCAUGGCGACCGGUGGGGAGGAAGAGGAGGAGGAGAAAGGCAGCCAAAAACAGAAAAGGAGUCCAAGUGGAGAGCUGGAGGAGGAAGCAGAGGAGGUGAGGGUCUCCUCCACUGAGGAGGAAGAGGAGGAUGAGUUCGGGGUCUUCAUGCAGGCGGAGGGAGACCUGGCCUGGAGUGACGGGGUCAACAUAUCUGCCUCGGAAACUUCUGGGAGCAGAGCGAGAACUGCAGGUGGAGACGACACCUGGACAGCCUUCCCUCAGGAGCCGACAGGUGAGGGUGGAGAUGGCGUGGAGCGAUGGUGGCCGGCCAACGCCGUGGAGGCGAGGAGAGAUGGACCGCCAACCAAUCACAGCCAGGUGGCAGUCUUUGCUGAAGCCUUCCCCUCGCUGCCCGGUGUUUCCCCUGGUGACCCCUGCGACCCGGAAGCCGUUCCCACGCUGACGCAGCUCCUCCGCGGCCGAGCCGGACAGGAUCAAGGGCUUUUGGACUCUUUCCAUGAUCUGAACAAAAUGAUCGACCAGAGCCACAAGAGGUCCAGCAGCGUGUCUCAGAACCUGCUUGUCCAAACUCUGCAGCUGCAGCCGCCGCUUCCUUUGUCGUCUUCCCAGGAAAGCAGAUCUACUUCCUGGUCGACGAACCGCCGCCUGUCCCCCGGCCUCUCCUCGGCCAAUCAGCACGCAGCCGCCAAGCGCCGGCUGUCCUACGACUACAACAGAAACGUCGUGGCGUGACGCUGCGGCGCGCGUUAAAGGAUCGAGUUUCCCCUGUUUGCACUCCGGUUAAUUUACACCCAGAGGACUGAGACGGAGCGGCCGCUGCUCCAGAAACCACGUAGACGGGCGGAGCGUCUUUGUUUCCCUCUAUCCGCCAUCUUGUUCCUCAUCCUGAGGUGACCUUUUGACCCCAGCAGACCCACGGCGCUCGCCACCAUGUUGAGAAAACAGACGACCAAGAAUAUUAACACAAUUACAUUCCAGUAAAGCAAAUGGGAUUUUCUCCAUUAUGGUUCUAAAUUAUCGUUAACAAAACCUGUUUAUGGAAGAUGUUGCUACUUUUAUUAAUGUUUUAUUGUUUUAUCAGAAACUGCAACAUCAGUGGAAGAAAAUACAGGAAUUAGUUUAAAAGAUUAAUUAAUAAUUAAAAAGUAGUGAAAAAUACGUAUAUAUGUACGUUUUUUCAUUCUAUUUUAAUUUAAGAAAUGAACAAAAAUAAUUAUAAACUUAUAUACAAAUUUUUCUUUGUCUUAAAUUUAAAAAAUAAUCAAAUAAUUAAGAAAUAAAAAUAAAUGUAUAUUUUCUUUUGUGGUUUUAUAUUUAUUUUAUAUGUAUAUUUUAUUUUUUGAGUUUUUUUGUAUUUCCUCCCAGUGGAAAUAAAUAAAUUGCUAUAUGUCUCAUUAGAUAAUUAAAAUUAAAUCUGACGUUUUGGAUAUAACUCAAAUAGUUUUCAAAGAAUUCCCUCCAGAUUAAAGGUUUUUCUCUCCAUGAUAAAAAUCUUACAUAUUAACUCGAUUCCUGUAGCAUCAUGGUGGCUGGAUCCUUUGAGGAAGCUGGUAAAACUUAUGCAAACGCACUGAUUGACAAAUUUCCCCUGUUCUCAUUGUUCCUCAAACGCAGCAGGAACCGCUGAUCUCCAUCUUCUGGAUUCGUCCACAGUUGAGAAAAUGCCGCACUAGCUCCAGCUGCGUUUCCAUUGAUCACAUAAUUGCGCACUUUCACGUUUUGAAAAUAAAUUAGCUUAAUCGGAUAAUUAGUUUAAUGGAAAUGAAUGUCGAAAAAACUCAAUUUUUGUUUGAAAAAAAUAAAGUUUUGGCUCUAGAAUGUGUGUUUCUUUCUGCUUGUUUUGCAAAACUGCAGUGGAAACACUUUUCUCGCUUCACACGAGUCACGUGAUCCACAACCGUGGUUUACUCUUCGGAGUAAACCACGAAGAAGGAAGCAGAAAGUGGUAGGAGGAUAAUGGUUUUUCUUAUGAUUUGUCACGUAGACAAAGAUAUUUACGUGUGAUCUUCUUUUCUAAAAUUGCGUUUUUUCGACAUUAGCAAAAUGUUGAAGUUUUAGGCAUGUUUGUAAUGGAAACGCAGCUACUAAAGAGUAGAGUUGAGCAUCAUUUUGUGGCAUUUAAUGUAUGAAAACACUUUUUAAAGCUUCGUUUUACUUUUUAUUAUUUUCAAAUGCAUGUGAUAUUUCUGCCUUAAACCUGCGGAUAACGACACAAGGAUCAGGUUUGUCUUCCAGUUCGCGCCAUCAGGACGUCCAGGUUGCUCAAUCAAACGCUAAAAACAUCCAACUUGUUUAUGACUCCUCCGUUUUAUUUUUAGGUUUUUGUCAUGCAGAUAAUUUGUUGUAUUCUGCUAUUUAAAGGCUCAACCAUUUGUGAUGAAACUCUGAAACAAUCACGCUUGUGUGUGCCAUUUGUACAGCCUCCAACAUCCUGAAAAAUACCAAUAUUUUCUGAUCUGUUCCGGUCGGGAUGGCGGAGCUGUUGCCUCGGUAACUGAUGUAAUAAAAAAACGAUACUGCG